UGCUUCUGGUGCUGUUUCUUUUGUUGCUUUCUGUCAGCUUUUUACAAAAGCAUUCUAAUUCUGACUGUUAUUUUGUCAGCCAUCUUUCGUACUCCUUCUGCGCAUUUGCUGUUUAUUAUAUUCCCUCUACAAUGAGAUCCCAGUUCAAGGACGAACAUCCUUUCGAGAAGAGAAAAGCUGAGGCAAUGAGAAUCCGCCAAAAGUUCAGCGAUAGAAUUCCUGUUAUAUGUGAAAAAGUCGAAAAAUCUGAUAUUCAGGAAAUUGACAAAAGAAAAUACUUAGUUCCAAGUGAUUUAACCGUUGGUCAGUUUGUUUAUGUGAUCAGAAAAAGAAUCAAACUUCCUGCUGAGAAGGCCAUUUUCAUAUUUGUAAACGAUAUAUUACCUCCAACUGCUGCGUUGAUGUCUACUAUAUACGAUGAGCAUAAAGACGAUGAUGGCUUUUUGUAUGUUUUAUAUUCAGGUGAAAAUACCUUUGGUGAACAAUAAUCGAUGAAUCACUCAACAAACCUAUUAAUUCAAUAUCCUAAUGCUUCAGUAUAUCAAUUAAUCGGCCAAUCGAUUAGUUUAAAUUCACUUCAUUCAAUCAAUUAUUUUUAAACAAACAAACGAAAAACAGCUCAAUUCAAUCAACUAUAACGAAUUUCAUUUUAAUUUCAAAUUUUUUUUUUCUCCAUUUUAUAUUUUUAUUUUAUCUUGUCCUAUUUAUAUUUAUAUUUUAAUCUCAUAAGGUUGUUUUUUUUUGUUUGGUUUUUGUUUUGUUUUUACUAAUAAUUAUAAAUUUAUAUGGCUUAUCGGUACUGUGUUACUACUUGACCAUUUCAAAGUAAUUCAGAGUAAUUUGGAGUAUUUCAGACUAUUUUGUAUAUUUAUAUAUACCUCCUUGCCUAUAUAUGAAUAUAUAUAUAUCGAUAUAUAUUUCUAUAAUUCUACAAUUCUAAAAUUCUACGAAUAAAUUCUUA